UCGCCUUAUUCCAAAAAAGUCAGAGAUUGGUAGCAAAAUGUGUGAUUUUUGUUGUCCGGAGAGCUUCUUAAAGUAAAAGUAUAGAUUACAGAAUGGUGGUGGAUUGCUUAUCCAUUCAAGGCUCAGUAGCUAUAAUACGGAAGCAGGAGCGAAGAUUAGGUGGGUUAGUGGCUGCAAAAAUGCAACCUAACAAUGUUGGUAGUUGUGGUGGUAUGACACCUAAAGAACUUUCUGACAAUGAUGACCUAGCUACUUCUCUUGUGCUAGAUCCUUACCUUGGAUUUACCACUCAUAAAAUGAAUAUCAGAUACAGGCCAUUAAAAGCAAAUAAAGAUGAGCUUCGUAAAAUUAUUUGCGAAUUUAUUCAAACACAAAAUUAUGAAAAAACAUAUAGAAAGUUAAUGGGUGGUGACUGGGGUGCAAGACUUCCUCAUACAAAAUCUAAACAACAACAAAUAAAUUUAGAAAAACAUAUUUACAGAUAUUUGAAGGUUUUUGAUAAAGAUUCUGGAUUUGCAAUAGAACCAUGUUAUAGGUAUAGUCUUGAAGGUCAAAAAGGUGCCAAGAUUUGUGCAACUCGAAAGUGGCUAAAACAUGAUAAAAUAUCUUGUCUUGUUGGCUGUAUUGCAGAACUUAGUGAAAAGGAAGAAGCAGCACUAUUACAUCCAGGAAAAAAUGAUUUUUCUGUUAUGUUUAGUUGCAGAAAAAAUUGUGCACAAUUAUGGUUAGGUCCAGCAGCAUAUAUUAAUCAUGACUGUAGAGCUAAUUGCAAGUUUGUGGCAACAGGAAGAGAUACAGCUUGUGUUAAAGUCCUUCGUGACAUUGAAGUGGGAGAAGAAAUUACUUGCUUCUAUGGAGAAGAUUUUUUUGGAGAUGGUAAUUGUUAUUGUGAGUGUGAAACAUGUGAGAGGAGAGGAACUGGAGCAUUUGCAAAUCAAAAGCCAGGAGAAGAACUUUCCUCUGGAUACCGGUUACGAGAAACGGACAAUCGCAUUAAUCGUACGAAACAUAGACAACAGCCGUUAAGUCGAAAUAAACAACAAGCUGAUACUGCCCUUACAGAAAGAAAUGCAGUGCUUGUUGGUAAUGCUGCCGUAGCGCCACAAAGUCUUAGCAUGAAAGAAUUACGAAGAAAGGGUUUAACAAAAUAUGAUGCGGAAUUAUUAAUUGCACAAGGAUGUCGGUUUUCUGACAUUGCUCAACAGCAACCUAUUACAAACAAUGGUGAAAAUGUAUUACAAACAUCCCGACCUCAUCCCUCUGCUAUUACGAGUUCCGUGACAAGAAAUUUACGAAAUAAACAAUUAUGUAAAUUUGACAGUAACAAUAGCCAUCAGAAUAAUGCUAAAAAUCAUACACUUCGAUCAUCCAGACUUCAUAAAAGAACAGAAUCAAAGAAGAACAAGAUUUCUGAAAAGGCUGGGUCCCCUUGUUUGAAUGGUUCCAUAGUAAAAAAUAUUGAACUAGAAGAAAUAAGUCAUCGUAAGGAAGAUUCUGAUAGAGUAGAUGAAGAAAUUAUGUUUUCUAGAUUACAUAAGACUCAUUCAAAUGUUUGCCAUGUUCAAACCUCACAUCAUGAUAUGCUAGAACAAUCAACUUGUUCGAAUCUUCAAAUAGAGUGUCCAGAUACAUUCACUAAAAACAACAGAGAACUAAAUAGCAAAUUAAUAAAUGAGAAAGAAUUACCUGAUAUUAUUAUAGAAAUUAAUUCUAAUUCAGUAGGUAAUAUUAAUACUUCCAAUUCUAAAAAGGAACACUAUAGUACAAAUUCCUGUGAUUCAGUUCAUAUAAGUUCCAUGCCUGAAAGUCGAUUAGAUGAUUUACAUAAAACUAAUAAGAAUGAAAUAAUUCAACAAGAAAAUCAUCAGUUAAUCUGUCCUUAUAAUUUGUCUUUGGUGGAAAAUUCGAAAGAUACAAAUAAUAUUUCUACAACGUCAAUAACAUCAAAUAAUUGUGUCAAACAAUAUUUAGAACUUGAAAAAGAAAUUUCAAAAGAAGAAAAAGGCAAAAGUUAUGAAUCCGUCUAUGAGGAUUAUUCUUACAAAGCCGAAGGACAAAUAUCCUUAGUUCACAUAAAGUCGCCUAAAAGUUCGGAUUAUAUAGAAACAAUAUCUACGCUUGCUUUACCUGAACCUGAUAAAGUUUUAGAAAAAAAUGAUUCUAUGAGUUCAAAUACAUUGGUUAAAUAUUUAAUUGAAAAUGAAGCAAACAAAUUUGAUAGGUUUGUUUCAAACUCUAGCAAGUCUUCAGGUAAUAAUGAACAUGGUAAUAUAAAUAUUACUGAAGAAAAUAAAAAUAUAGAAAAUAGUGAAAGAAAUUGUCAAAAUGAUUUAAUUAUAAAAAAUAAUAUGUAUGUAGUGAAUGUUGGACCGCCUGAAAUAAAAUCUGAAAGAACUGAAACUGUUGAAAUGUAUACAACAGAACUAGAUUCUCGAAUAGAUUCCUGUAAAGAAAAUAAUAAAAAUUUCAGUACUAUAGAAAUUAAUAAUUACAACGAUAUUAUCAAAUGUAACUUAGAUGAUACUCAUAAUUCUAUUUUAAAACAACCUACACAAAAAAAUGAAUCAUUGCAUGCAACAUUAAGAUCCCACAAAAGUAGAAGAAAGCUAUUGAAUGAAAAGAAAUCAGAAACUUCUGAACUAAGAGAAGAAUUAGGAAGUGUUAUAGAACAGAAAAUUACCGAUAAUAUGAUCGGAACUAUUUCAAAAACUCGCAGCAAAGCAGAAAAAACAAAAAGCAGGUUAACAAGAAGUCAAAAAAGGGAUCGAAAGAAAAUAGCAACUACUGAAAUUGGUGUAGCUGACGACGAUUCUGGUAUUCAAGGUGAUAUUUAUGAAUUUAGUGAAAAAGAAAGUAACCUGGAAGAUGUAAGAAUACCAUCCAUAAUGCGACGUAAGCAAGAAACUCGUCAUACAUCUGGACUCACACCACAUUUACAAGAAAUGCAAUACAACGAUGAAUGCAAUAAAGCUGAACCUCCAGUAUUACUUCCACAGGAACCAUGGCCACCCACUAAUUGCAGCCAGAAUCAAUUGUUAGAUUCAGAUGGUAAUAGUCGAUCGAGAGAAAAUUCCAUAGAUAAUGAAAGCCUAAAGAGAUUAUCAUCUUGUAGUAACGAUAGUCCACAGAAGUUAACAACUUCUUCAGACUAUCAAUGGCAAAUGAAUAAUUCUAAUUGUCAAGUAUGUCCUACUACUCCAGAGAGAACUGGAAGAUUAAAACUUACUCUCCGCAUGAAACGUUCACCUGUUUUAGAAGACAUUGUAGAAUCGGGUACGAGUUUAAGUGAAGAUAGCUACGAACCGGAAUAUGAAGUAUUACGUGUAGAGGGUGUGGAAAAAAGUAGACGUAAAAAGAAACAUAAAACCCGAGAUCGUGAAAGACGGCACAAGAAGCGUGAACUAAAUCUUGAUCCUCCACCACCACCUAUGAAAAGGUUGCGUUUAAUUUUUGGCAAUGAAACACAUACUAUCGACUUUCCACAUUCUUAACAGCUAUAACUAGUAAUUUUCAGUACUAUCCGGAACAAAUUAUGAAUACAAUUUAGGCAUAUAAAAUCAGGUCUCCUUGUCCUGUAACAUCAUGAAUUUCUUUAUAGUUUGACAAUU